CGCCUGGCUUUUGUGAUUGUACCGCGUUCUGCGGCUCCACAAGUCAGUUUUUCGCCUUAAGAAUCAACAUCAACAGUACCUUUGAUGUAUUAAACUUACUGAAACAAUUGUUGUCUGGACUUAAUUUAGCCGCCAAGUGUAACAAUUUGUCAAGCUCAGAGUGCAAAGCCAUUAUACAAAGCUACCAGCGUGUUUAUCUGGAUUGCCAUGGGACACAACAGAGGUUGUACAGCUGCAUGGUGAUACUGGAGAUGUCUGGACCUGUGAAUGAAUGCUUACUGAAAAACCUGCUGCAACAAGUCAUUGACAGCAACAAUAACAUAACGACAGAAAGGCCACUCUCACGCAUGGUGGUAUGUGGUCCUCCUGGUUUGGCUGUCAAUAGUCUGUUGGCACCCAACCUAACCUGGGUUGCCAGUGACCUGCUGCUGUCUAAUGUGUGCCAACCUCCCCCAACUCUGCUCAAAUGUGAUGUAAAUGAAAAGCUUGCUGUACUUCUGACUGAGAGCUGCCCCACAGAGCCUCCCUCGACUAAUCAAAGCACUACAACUCCUGAGGCCAAUGUAACAACAGUCACAGCUUCAACCAUUGACACAACAACAUACAAUAUAACUGCAGUCACACCUUUCAAUGUAACAACAGUAACACCUUCAACCAAUCGCAGAACAACAUCCAAUGUAACAGAAGUCACACCUACAUCGAAUGAAACAACACCAUCCAAUGUAACGACAGUCACAUCUCCAAACAAUCACACAACAACAUCCAAUGUAACAACAGUAACACCUUCAACCAAUUGCAGAACAACAUCCAAUAUAACAACAGUAACACCUACAUCCAAUCUCACGACACCUUUCAAUGUAACAGAAGUCACACCAACAACCAAUAACACAACAGCAUUCAACAAAACAACAGUCACAACUUCUCUGAAUGAAACAACACCAUCCAAUGUAACGACAGUGACAUCUCCAACCAAUCAAACAACAACAUCCAAUGUAACAACAGUAACACCUUCAACCAAUCGCAGAACAACAUCCAAUGUAACAACAGUAACACCUACAUCCAAUCACACGACACCUUUCAAUGUAACAGAAGUCACACCUUCAACCAAUCACACAACAGCAUUCAACGUAACAACAGUCACAACUUCUCUGAAUGAAACAACACCAUCCAAUGUAACGACAGUCACACCUACAUCCAAUCACACAACACCAUCCAAUGUAACGGCUGUCGCACCUUCAACCAAUCACACAACAGCAUUCAACGUAACAACAGUCAAAACUUCUCUAAAUGAAACAACACCAUCCAAUGUAACGCCAGUCACACCUACAUCCAAUCUCACAACACCUUUCAAUUUAACAGAAGUCACACUUUCAACCAAUCACACAACAGCAGCCAACAUAACAACAGUCAAAACUUCUCUGAAUGAAACAACAGCAUCCAAUGUAACUACAGUCGAAAAUUCUCUAAAUGAAACACCAUCCAAUGUAACGCCAGUCACACCUACAUCCAAUCUCACAACACCUUUCAAUUUAACAGAAGUCACACUUUCAACCAAUCACACAACAGCAGCCAACAUAACAACAGUCAAAACUUCUCUGAAUGAAACAACAGCAUCCAAUGUAACUACAGUCGAAACUUCUCUAAAUGAAACAACACCAUCCAAUAUAACGCCAGUCACACCUACAUCCAAUCUCACAACACCAUCCAAUGUAACGCCAGUCACACCUACAUUGAAUCUCACAACACCAUUCAAUGUAACGGCAAUCACACCUUCAACCAAUCACACAACAGCAUUCAAUGUAACAACAGUCACAACUUCUCUGAAUGAAACAACACCAUCCGAUGUAACAAAAGUCACAAGUUCUCUGAUUGGCACAACACCAUCCAAUUUAACGACAGUCACACCUUCAACUAAUCGCACAACAACAUUCAAUGUAACAACAGUCAAAACUUCUCUAAAUGAAACAACACCAUCCAAUAUAACGCCAGUCACAUCUACAUCCAAUCUCACAAGACCUUUCAAUUUAACAGAAGUCACACCUUCAACCAAUCACACAACAACAUUCAAUGUAACAACAGUCAAAACUUCUCUAAAUGAAACAACACCAUCCAAUGUAACGCCAGUCACACCUACAUCCAAUCUCACAACACCUUUCAAUGUAACAGAAGUCACACCUACAUCGAAUCACACAACACCAUCCAAUGUAACGGCAGUCACACCUUCAACCAAUCACACAACAGCAUUCAACGUAACAACAGUCAAAACUUCUCUAAAUGAAACAACACCAUCCAAUGUAACAGAAGUCACACCUACAUCGAAUAACACAACUGCAUACAAUAUAACUGCAGUCACACCUUUCAAUGUGACAAAAGUCGCGAGUUCUCUGAAUGGCACAACACCAUCCAAUGUAACGUCUGCCACACCUUCAACUAAUCACACAACACCUUUCAAUGUUACAGAAGUCACACCUAUAUCGAAUCACACAACACCAUCCAAAGUAACAGCAGUCACACCUUCAACCAAUUGCACAACAGCAGCCAACAUAACAGUCAAAACGUAUCUGAAUGAAACAACACCAUCCAAUGUAACGGCAGUGACACCUUCAACCAAUCGCACAACAGCAUCCAAUGUAACAACCGUCAAAACUUCUCUAAAUGAAACAACACCAUCCAAUGUAACGCCAGUCACAUCUACAUCCAAUCACACAACACCUUUCAGUGUAACAGAAGUCACAACUACAUCCAAUCUAACAACGACAUCCAAUGUGACAACAGUAACCCCUUCAACCAAUCACACAACAGCAGUCAACGUAACAACAGGCAAAACUUCUCUGAAUGACACGACAGCAUCGAAUGUAAGGGCAGUCACACCUACAUCCAAUCACACAACAGCAUUCAAUGUAACAACAGUCACAACUUCUCUGAAUGAAACAACACCAUCCAAUGUAACAACAGUCAAAACGUCUCUGAAUGAAACAACACCAUCCAAUGUAACGGCUGUCACAACUUCAACCAAUCACACAACAGCAGCCAACAUAGCAACAGUCAAAACUUCUCUGAAUGAAACAAAAUCAUCCAAUGUAACGGUAGUAACACCUUCAACCAAUCACACAACACCUUUCAAUGUAACAGAAGUCACAACUACAUCCAAUCUAACAACGACAUCCAAUGUGACAACAGUAACCCCUUCAACCAAUCACACAACACCAUCAAAUGUAACAGCAGUCACACGUUCAACCAAUCACACAAUAGCUUUCAACCUAACAACAGUCACAACUUCUCUAAAUGAAACAACAUUAUCCAUUGUAACACCAGUCACACCUACAUCCAAUCACACAACACCUUUCAAUGUAACAGAAGUCACACCUACAUCGAAUCUCACAACACCAUUUAAUGUAACGGCAAUCAGACCUUCAACCAAUCACACAACACCAUCCAAUGUAACAACAGUCACAACUUUUUUGAAUGGCAAAACACCAUCCAAUGUAACGGCAGUCACACCUUCAACCAAUCGCACAACAGCAUCCAAUGUAACAACAGUAAAACCUUCAACCAUUGACACAACAGCAUUCAACGUAACAACAGUCACAACUUCUCUGAAUGCCACAACACCAUCCAAUUUAACGACAGUCACACCUUCAACUAAUCGCACAACAACAUUCAAUGUAACAACAGUCAAAUUUUCUCUGAAUGAAACAAAAUCCAAUUUUACUGCACUCACACCUUCAACCAAUCACACGACAGCUUUCAACCUAACAACAGUCACAACUUCUCUAAAUGAAACAACAUUAUCCAUUGUAACGCCAGCCACACCUACAUCCAAUCACACAACACCUUUCAAUGUAACAGGAGUCACACCUACAUUGAAUCUCACAACACCAUUCAAUGUAACGGCAAUCACACCUUCAACCAAUCACACAACAGCAUUCAAUGUAACAACAGUAACAACUUCUCUGAAUGAAACAACACCAUCCAAUGUAACAAAAGUCACAAGUUCUCUGAAUGGCACAACACCAUCCAAUUUAACGACAGUCACACCUUCAACUAAUCGCACAACAACAUUCAAUGUAACAACAGUCAAAACUUCUCUAAAUGAAACAACACCAUCCAAUAUAACGCCAGUCACAUCUACAUCCAAUCUCACAACACCUUUCAAUUUAACAGAAGUCACACCUUCAACCAAUCACACAACAGCAGCCAACAUAACAACAGUCAAAACUUCUCUAAAUGAAACAACACCAUCCAAUGUAACGCCAGUCACACCUACAUCCAAUCUCACAACACCUUUCAAUGUAACAGAAGUCACACCUACAUCGAAUCACACAACACCAUCCAAUGUAACGGCAGUCACACCUUCAACCAAUCACACAACAGCAUUCAAUGUAACAACAGUCACAACUUCUCUAAAUGAAACAACACCAUCCAAUGUAACAGAAGUCACACCUACAUCGAAUAACACAACUGCAUACAAUAUAACUGCAGUCACACCUUUCAAUGUGACAAAAGUCGCGAGUUCUCUGAAUGGCACAACACCAUCCAAUGUAACGUCUGCCACACCUUCAACUAAUCACACAACACCUUUCAAUGUUACAGAAGUCACACCUAUAUCGAAUCACACAACACCAUCCAAAGUAACAGCAGUCACACCUUCAACCAAUUGCACAACAGCAGCCAACAUAACAGUCAAAACGUAUCUGAAUGAAACAACACCAUCCAAUGUAACGGCAGUGACACCUUCAACCAAUCGCACAACAGCAUCCAAUGUAACAACCGUCAAAACUUCUCUAAAUGAAACAACACCAUCCAAUGUAACGCCAGUCACAUCUACAUCCAAUCACACAACACCUUUCAGUGUAACAGAAGUCACAACUACAUCCAAUCUAACAACGACAUCCAACGUGACAACAGUAACCCCUUCAACCAAUCACACAACAGCAGUCAAAGUAACAACAGGCAAAACUUCUCUGAAUGACACGACAGCAUCGAAUGUAAGGGCAGUCACACCUACAUCCAAUCACACAACAGCAUUCAAUGUAACAACAGUCACAACUUCUCUGAAUGAAACAACACCAUCCAAUGUAACAACAGUCAAAACGUCUCUGAAUGAAACAACACCAUCCAAUGUAACGGCUGUCACAACUUCAACCAAUCACACAACAGCAGCCAACAUAGCAACAGUCAAAACUUCUCUGAAUGAAACAAAAUCAUCCAAUGUAACGGUAGUAACACCUUCAACCAAUCACACAACACCUUUCAAUGUAACAGAAGUCACAACUACAUCCAAUCUAACAACGACAUCCAAUGUGACAACAGUAACCCCUUCAACCAAUCACACAACACCAUCAAAUGUAACAGCAGUCACACGUUCAACCAAUCACACAAUAGCUUUCAACCUAACAACAGUCACAACUUCUCUAAAUGAAACAACAUUAUCCAUUGUAACGCCAGUCACACCUACAUCCAAUCACACAACACCUUUCAAUGUAACAGAAGUCACACCUACAUUGAAUCUCACAACACCAUUCAAUGUAACGGCAAUCACACCUUCAACCAAUCACACAACAGCAUUCAAUGUAAUAACAGUCACAACUUCUCUGAAUGAAACAACACCAUCCGAUGUAACAAAAGUCACAAGUUCUCUGAAUGGCACAACACCAUCCAAUGUAACGGCAGUCACACCUUCAACCAAUCGCACAACAGCAUCCAAUGUAACAACAGUGAAACCUUCAACCAUUGACACAACAGCAUUCAACGUAACAACAGUCACAACUUCUCUGAAUGGCACAACACCAUCCAAUUUAACGACAGUCACACCUUCAACCAAUCGCACAACAACACUUAAUGAAACAACAGUCAAAUUUUCUCUGAAUGAAACAACAUCCAAUUUAACUGCAGUCACACCUUCAACCAAUCACACAACAGCUUUCAACCUAACAACAGUCACAACUUCUCUGAAUGAAACAACACCAUCCAAUGUAACAAAAGUCACAAGUUCUCUGAAUGGCACAACACCAUCCAAUGUAACGGCAGUCACACCUUCAACCAAUCACACAACAGCAUCCAAUGUAACAACAGUAAAACCUUCAACCAUUGAAACAAUAGCUUUCAACCUAACAACAGUCACAACUUCUCUAAAUGAAACAACAUUAUCCAUUGUAACACCAGUCACACCUACAUCCAAUCACACAACACCUUUCAAUGUAACAGAAGUCACACCUACAUCGAAUCUCACAACACCAUUUAAUUUAACGGCAAUCAGACAUUCAACCAAUCACACAACAGGAUUCAAUGUAACAACAGUCACAACUUCUCUGAAUGAAACAACACCAUCCAAUGUAACAACAGUCACAACUUCUUUGAAUGGCACAACACCAUCCAAUGUAACGGCGGUCACACCUUCAACCAAUCGCACAACAGCAUCCAAUGUAACAACAGUAAAACCUUCAACCUUUGACACAACAGCAUUCAACGUAACAACAGUCACAACUUCUCUGAAUGCCACAACACCAUCCAAUUUAACGACAGUCACACCUUCAACCAAUCGCACAACAACAUUUAAUGUAACAACAGUCAAAUUUUCUCUGAAUGAAACAAAAUCCAAUUUAACUGCACUCACACCUUCAACCAAUCACACGACAGCUUUCAACCUAACAACAGUCACAACUUCUCUAAAUGAAACAACAUUAUCCAUUGUAACGGCAGUCACACCUUCAACCAAUCGCACAACAGCAUCCAAUGUAACAACAGUAAAACUUUCAACCAUUGACACAACAGCAUUCAACGAAACAACAGUCACAACUUCUCUGAAUGGCACAACACCAUCCAAUGUAACGGCAGUCACACCUUCAACCAAUCGCACAACAGCAUCCAAUGUAACAACAGUAAAACCUUCAACCAUUGACACAACAGCAUUCAACCAUUCAACGUAA